CUAAAAAUUUGAGCGAUUUCUUUACAAAAUGUCCGCCCAAGAGCAGAUGAAAAAGAUUUUGGAUGAACUCAUGGGAACCAGUCGUGAUGAAUGGCAGAAUAAUCAACCACAUUGUUAAACUUGACCAUUUGUUGUAUUUACCAUUGAAGUGACAGGACGCGUAAGUAGGUUUUACGUAAGUAACAAAUGUUGCAACCAUGUUUCAUAAUGUUAAUAUUCCGUGUUUUUGAACCUUGGAUAAUAAUGGAGCUACUAUGUAGAAUACUGCCUAAGGGGCCUAAAUUACUCAAGAUGGUCUAGUACUUGUACCGAACACAAAUGGGUGAGUUUUUUCCAAUUGAAAAUAUGUCAUAUAAAAUAUGGUGUGGAAAUCUGAGGGUCUGAAACAUUCGCUCUGAAUCUAGUCUGAAGAUUGAUUAUCCAACCAUAAAUUUGUUCAGAAAAGUUUUGUAAAAAAGGCUACAGUAUGUAGAAUUAUACAAUAUAUUGUCGCUUUCAGUUUUUUUAUAUAAGCAUUUUAUAACACCAUAAAAAGUAUGCUCAAAAUUUGUGGUAGUGAGUUUCUUUUUCUAAAAAGGGUCUUUAACUAAGCUAUGGUUUAACUUCUUUUCUUUUUUAACAAACAUUUCAUCAAAGAACUUUGUUUUAAGCUAAUGCGAAGAUCUGUUUCUAAAGGUGAACCCCCGGCUGAUGAUAUAAAGUUCACAGAUGAAAAAGUUUGUAAGAGCUUUAUCAUGGGACUCUGUCCUCACGCCCUCUUCAAUAACACAAAAAUGGAUAUUGGUGACUGCAGGAAGGUUCAUUCAGCUGCCUUGAAAGCCGACUACGAGGCUGCAUCCAAGUCGCGCAGUUAUGGAUACGAACUGGAUCAAAUGGAACAUCUUCAAGCAUUUAUCAAGGAAUGUGAUCGAAAGAUUGUCCUGGCGAAAAAGCGACUGGCAGAAACACAAGAUGACUUUGGCAACACUCCUGAGGCACAAGCUGUUCAUGAAUUGGGAGAAAAGAUUGGUAAAAAGCUUGCCGAAGCUGAAGCUCUAGGUGCUGAAGGCAAAGUAGACGAGUCCUUGCAAGCUAUGGCAGAAGUUGAGGAAUUAAAAAAUCAGAAAAGAACUGCCGAGGAGGUCUAUCGCGAUACGUUGCCAUCGUCGUCCUUACAACAGCAGAAGUUGAGAGUUUGCGAAGUCUGUGCCGCAUAUCUCAGUCUUUAUGAUAAUGAUCGAAGACUGGCGGAUCAUUUUGGCGGGAAACUUCAUAUGGGUUUUAUCAAAAUUCGGGACCGACUCAAAGAGCUCGAAGACGAGGUGGAGAAGAAACGUGAAGCACGCGAAAUGGAGCGUGCAAAACGCCAAGCUGAACGCGAGAAAGAUUUGGAAGAUAGACGAAGAAAGGAUAGAAAUGGCGACAGGGAUCGCAGGAGAGAUCGUAGUCGGGAUAGGGAUAGAGACCGAGGGAGAGACAGGGAUCGCGAUCGUCGAGGAAGAGAUGAUCGCAGAGACAGUAAUAACGACAGAUCAAGAAGGGAUCGUCGUAGCCGCAGUCGUGAACGACGUCGUAGUCGGAGCCGAGAACGAAGACGAAGUCGUAGUCGUGAACGUCGUCGGGAUAGGUCGCGUUCCCGCUCCAAAUCAAAUCCUGCCGCCAGGAGGGAGAGAUCGCCCGAGUAGAAAUGAAGUGCAAUAAAGCCAAAAAGACUUGGACUAGCGGGUUAAUAGGAUGAUUUCCAGCGAUAGUUUGUCGUCUACAAGACUUAUGAAUUUGUUUUGUACUGGGCUCAAGAAGUCGCUUUUAGCAAGCUACAGCCAGUUUAAAACAGUUGUCCACAUCAUUACCUAUACACUUUGCUUGAUAUAAUAUUGUUUCCGAUUAAAUCUUUAAUAAACACGCAUACAGUUUGUAAAAUAGUGUUCAAUGUAAGAAUUGUGUCGUCAAAUACAUUCCUUUUUUCUUGAGA